AUGGAGUCGUUACCGAUGCUCAGCCCAGUUGAGCUUAACGCUGCGGCACUGGAGCACUUUGUCUACCAGCCCGUUGACAAGGAGAUGAUCAGGUACUUGGCAAGGGCUGCUUCGAAUGUCAUCCAGUGCGAUCCCAGCAUGGCGCCACCACCAUCGCAAUCAUCACGGCCGCGACAGCCCUCUCCUCCACGGGGACCAGCACCACAAGCCGCCUCGAGCAGCGACAGCACUCUUCCUUCGAUCGAGAAGUUCAUCACCCAGUUGGUGGUUACCUCCAACGUGCAGGUACCCACGCUCAUGUCGUCGCUGGUCUACCUGCACCGACUCAAAUCCCGUCUCCAGCCCAUGGCGAAGGGUCUCCGGUGCACCACGCACCGCAUCUUCCUGGCCGCCCUCAUCUUGGCCGCCAAGUACCUCAACGACAGCAGCCCUAAGAACAAGCACUGGGCCAACUACAGCGUCGUCUCGACGCAUGCCUACAACUUCGGCUUCAGCCGCACCGAGGUCAACCUGAUGGAGAAGCAGCUCUUGUUCCUGCUGGACUGGGACCUGCGCAUUACCGAAGAAGACCUGUACCACGAGCUCGACCACUUCCUGGCCCCGAUCCGCGCCGACAUCGAGGCGCGCCACGUCCGCCGCAUGCGCCGGAAGCAGGAGCAAGAGAUGCGCGAGCGCCAGCUGCACAACGAGCGCCUCGCCCGCCAGCGCGAGCGCGAGGAGGAAGCCCGCCUCUGGGCCCGCGCGCUCGCCCAGCCCCAGCCUGCCGUCGUCGACGCCACCGCCUACGCCCUGCCCCCGGCCUCGCGGGGCUCCUCCCGCUCGCGCCAGCAGACGUACACCCCGUCCCACUCACGCGGAAGCAGCCGCGACGUGUCCCCGCCGGGCCUCUACUCGAGCGGCUCGUCGUACGCCGGGUCAGUCACGUCGUCGCGCGCGACCACCCCGCUCAGCGAGGCGGAUAUCACCACGGCGCCGUACCAGCCGUACAUUUAUGAUGCUGCCCUCGUUGUCGAGGUCGGCGCCGCCGCCGCCCCGGUGUGUGACUCGCCCAUGGAGGUCCUCUACGACCAUGAGCCGCCGUGUGUUCCGGAGAAGGACGCCGUGUAUGCGCUCAAAGCGGCGCGCGGGAAGAGGCAGCACCAGCAGCAGAUGCUGCCUUAUGAGAUUAGUGUGGAGGAUUUGAAGAGCUUGGAGGAGUCUUCUAGGGGAUCGGGAAAGAGGAUGAGGGGGGUUUUGGGGAGGGUUUUUGGAACCGCGCGAUAG